AUGGAACGGGCACGCGGUUUCAACGACGAAAUAGUCGGACACGCGGUGCACCGCGCGCGCGACCGAUUCGUCGAGCAGCUACGGAGCCGCGAGAACGAGAUUCUCACGCUCGCGGCGAAACAUUGCGGCCACGCGUCGGCGCGCUUCUUCCCCUCGCGGGCUGUGGGCGACUACUAUGCCCGCGGCAGCUACAAUGCCUUGUUCUUUGUCGAGUUUGCCGACGGCAGCCGGUCUGUCGUGCGCAUCCCGAUUCGGCCUACCCUUGCCUACUGCCCGCGCCUCAAGCUGCAGUGCGAAAUCGCUACCAUGCAGCACGUGUCUGAAACGACUACCAUCCCUAUCCCUAGGAUUCUGGCUUACGCGCUGGAGAGCGGCACCGAUCCCUUGUCCACGUUUCUCGUCCUCGAGUACAUUGACGGCAAUGUGCUCUCGCCUGCUGCCUUUGGAAGCCUCCCUGCGGAUGCCAAGAGGACGCUCUACGAAUCGCUCGCCGAUGUGUACGUGCAGCUUCGACGCCAGGAGUUCCCCUCCAUUGGCCGGCUCAAACUCGGGGCCACUGGCGUAGCAGCCCACACGGCGACGGUUGAUAUCAACAUGAUGCUGCUCGAGGGCUUGAACCCGCUCAGCAUACAAGAUUUCUAUCACGGCGAGUCCGGCAUCCUAAAAUCAGCCAAUCAGUACACAAAGAUGCAAUUAGCUAUUGGAUUCAAUGCCUUUGUCAAGAGUCGGAGCGCUCUGGACCCCGAGCUGGCGCUCGAACGCAUCUACAACCACCACAGAUUCAGCAAGCAUGUCCAAAGCUGGCUAGAUCCAAAGAUGGAUGAGGGACCGUUUGUGCUUGUGCACGGUGACUUACAGCUGUCCAAUCUAAUGUUAGAUGACGAUGCGCGCGUCAUUGGCGUGCUCGACUGGGAAUGGAGCCGAAUAGUUCCCUUACAGUUUCUGACGCCACCCCUUUGGCUCAGUGGCACCGAUUUUGUCCAACUAGGGCACCCCAAUUCAUGGUGCCUAUUUCACAUGAAGCAGCUUGCCGACUUUCUACGGAUACUCAAGGUGCAAGAGGACAAGAUGUUUCAGAACAGCACGCUCUACGACGAAUGGAGCGGCCGCACCGAGAACGCGGAGCCGCUGGUUGCGAAUGCCCUCGAGAGCUGGACCGAUAUGGAAUUGUUUGCCCAUAAUUGGCUGGGAAAGGCGGUGUCGCCUACCGACGAAGUCUUGAGGGCAUUCGCCGACGAGGACCCCCUACGGGGGCUGAUGGCAGACAUAAAAGCACGCGACGCUCGGAAGUAUCAGCACGAACUGAAUAACUUGAACUUGAGCUCAGAGAAUGACGAGUCUAAAAAUCAAACUGAAGAACAUGCGGGCAUGGCAAAAAUCAUGGGCUGGAUGUCCCAACAACAAGGCAUCCCAGCCGCGGCUUGCAUCGGCUUCACUAUCGCAGCUUCCAUAUCAAUCGCUGCCGUGUGGUUGAGGUUGCGCCCCAGCUCUAGCCCCAGCCUCUGA